UUGAGUGCUGAAGUCUGUGCAGGAUCGGGCUCGUCCCAUUUUGUCUGGAAGGGGACAGCCCGCCCCCUGGAGCUACCGAAAUAACGACGCGUUCACAUUAUUCUCGCUUAGCCUCGGAGCAGCCUGGUGCAAGGGGCGGAGGGGCAGCAGCUGGGGUCUCUCAGCAAAGAUUCAUGAUGUUGACAGUUAUGUUCUUAGCUGCUUUCACUCUUACUACAGUAAAUUCACAGGAAACUGAAGAAACUAUAACAUACACGCAAUGUACAGAUGGCUAUGAAUGGGAUCCUGUCAGGCAGCGGUGCAAAGAUAUUGAUGAAUGUGAAAUUGUCCCAGAUGCAUGCAAAGGUGGGAUGAAAUGUGUUAACCACUAUGGAGGAUACCUCUGUCUACCUAGAACAGCUCAAAUUAUUGUAAAUAAUGGGCGAGAAGACACAGCUGCUGAAUCCACUGGUGGACGAAACAAUGUCAUUCGACGGACCCCUGCUGAUCCUCAUCGACCACCUCCAAAUCCAACUCACCAAAUACAGUGUGCAACUGGGUAUGAGCAAAGCGAGCAUAAUGUGUGUCAAGAUAUAGAUGAAUGUGCAACAGGAACCCAUAACUGCAGGGCAGAUCAAGUAUGCGUCAAUUUAAGAGGGUCUUUCAGCUGCCAGUGUCCCUCAGGUUACCAGAAACGUGGGGAACAGUGUGUUGACAUAGAUGAAUGCAAUCUCCCUCCAUACUGCCACCAUAGAUGUGUGAACACUCCAGGUUCCUAUUACUGCCAGUGCAAUUCUGGGUUCCAGUUAGCAGCCAACAACCACACUUGUGUAGACAUAAACGAAUGUGAUGCCAACAACCCAUGCGCACAACAAUGCUACAAUAUACUUGGUUCUUUUAUCUGUCAGUGUAAUCCAGGAUUUGAGUUAAGCAGUGACAGAAUCAACUGUGAAGAUAUUGAUGAAUGCAGAACUUCAAGUUACAUAUGCCAGUAUCAGUGUAUCAAUGAACCAGGGAAAUUUUCAUGCAUCUGCCCUGAGGGAUACCAGGUGGUAGGAGCUAGAACAUGUCAAGAUAUAAAUGAAUGUGAGACUACUAAUGAAUGCAGAGAAGAUGAAAUGUGCUGGAAUUAUCAUGGUGGAUUUCGUUGUUACCCAAGAAAUCCUUGUCAAGAACCUUAUGUCCUGACAUCUGAGAAUCGCUGUGUUUGCCCAGUUUCCAAUGCCAUUUGUCGAGAGCUGCCAUACUCUAUUGUGUACAAAUACAUGAGCAUCCGGUCAGACAGAACUGUGCCCUCUGAUAUCUUCCAAAUUCAGGCAACAACUAUUUACCCCAAUACUAUAAACACUUUCCGGAUUAAGUCUGGAAACGAAAAUGGAGAAUUCUACCUGCGACAAACAAGUGCAAUAAGUGCAAUGCUCGUACUGGUGAAAUCACUAUCGGGACCAAGAGAACAUAUUGUAGAUCUGGAGAUGCUGACGGUCAACAGUUUGAAUUAUCGUACAAGUUCAGUGCUAAGAUUAACAAUAAUAGUGGGACCUUACUCAUUUUAGUUAUUAAUCCUUCACAGGCACCUAAAGCAGCCAAAGAAUAUUAUCUUAAAGAAAGCACUUACUAUUUUAUUUAUAGAUUUUGCUUUUUUUUUUUAAGAUUUAUUUAGUAAAUCAA